AUGUGCCCCAGCCCCCGCCCGCUGCGGGGCCCCCUCGCCCCCCAAAGCGCGGGCGGCACCCGCGCCAGCUCCGCGGAGGGUUCGAAGCCCUGCCCGCUGCUGCUGCCUGCCCCCCUGGCCUUCCAGAAGCGGAAGCGGCCCACGGCGGAGGCGCCCCCCAGCGCCGAGGCCGCGCAGGGCCUGCCGCCGCCGCAGGCCGGCGGGGCAGCGCCGCCCGAGGCUAGCGCCGAGGAGGUCAUCGCCGCUGAUCAGCUCAGGGCGCCCCUUGACCAGGGCACGCCGGGGAAGCUUGACACCAGCAAGGCUCGCAGUCCGGGCAUCGGCGAGGGCAGGAUUGGCAAGCUGCUCGAGGAGAAGGAGGAGAACGAGGAGCCAGGCGCCCGCACGGGCGGGUUCGGGCGCUGCGUGCGGUCGAGAGCUUUGGGAUACGGCGGCAGCCCAGGAUGGUUCAUCGCCACUCUCCGGAUUAAUUUCGUGAUCGGCGACGGCGUGUUGCUCGUCCGGGUCACCUCUUUGCACGACCUGCUCCUGGCCGCUGCUGCUGGGAUGCUGGCAGUGGGGCCCGGCAAGGAUGCGCUCGGCCCGCUGCGGACGCCGCCGCCCCCGCGAAUGGCCGACCUGGGCCCUGCUCACGAUGGCGUCACUGACCCCAUCUCGCAUUGUGACGAGGCCGUCGCGAAGCCUCCAGCUGAGGUCGCAUCCCCGGUCGUGGACAAGAUGGACUGCUACCGCCGUGAGGUCGAGUCCAUCGCGCACGAGCACUGUGCGCACGUCUUCGAGCGGGAUCCCGCAGCGCGUCCACGACGCGAGGAAUGCUGUGGCUGCUUCGUGUGCUGGCUUUGCCUCGCCAUCGACCCCGGGGCUGCCUUCGCCACGCCCGUGUUCGCCUGCGCCGACUGUCACCGCCUCGCGUGGUGCCGCAUCCUGCGGAGCAGCAGCCGCCGGAGCGCCCCCGCCGCCGCCGAGGCGCCCCCCGCGAUGGCCACGCUCUGGCCGCGCCGGGAGGCCGCUUUCGCCGCGCUCGCCCGCGGCGGUGCGGUGGCGGGCUGGGACCAGGUGUCCGUGCAGCACACGUUCCUCGCGGUGCACCGGUCGGUCACCAGCGGGGCACCCCCGCCGCCGCCAUCGCGGGCGGCUUCGGCGCCGCCUCCGCCGAGCAGGGUGAACCGCGAGGAGAGGUCGCUGCUGGUGCUCACCUUCAGGCCGACCCCGGCGACGCUGCCCGACCGCGCCAGGGCGAGCGCGCCUUCGGCCGGCCCGCCCCCGCGGCCCGCCGCGGCCGCGGCGGGGCCGAGGCUGCUGGCGGAGUGCCUGGAGGAGGGCGCGCCCGGGCCCGGCGGCGGCGGGGAGCUGACUCCCUCCACCCUCGCGCCCGACGGCGGCUCGGAGGCCGCGCCCUUCGAGGGCCCGGGCUCCGUGCGCAGCGCGGCCUCCAGCAGCGCGCCCCUGCAGUGGCCGCGGACGCCCGGGACCCUGACGAGCGGGGGCGCGGGCCCGGCGGGCCCUGCGCCGCUCCUGGACUUGCCGUCCGAGGGGUCCGCGGGCCAUGCCCAGGACGGGCAACUGCAAGCCCUGCCUGUUCGCCCACCACGCAACCAAGGCCUGCGAGAACGGCGCGGCGUGCUCCUUCUGCCACUUCGCGCACCCGCCGAAGCGGAGAACCAAGGGCUCGCACAGGCCAGAGGCGUGUGCCGCCGCCAAG